UCCUAUGAUGCUUUCUCUCAGUGCUCUAAUUUAAGGAAAAUGGACUUCUUCGAUGGUCGUAACUACAGAGUGAAUAAAAUUUUGCUGUCAGCAAUUGGCCAAUGGCCUUACCAAUCGUCCAAGACGAACUAUAUUAUAACUAUUGUCAUAACGACUAUAACCUGUUCGCAACUUCUUACGAAGUUAUGCAGUAUGUUCUCCUAUAUUCACGACAUGGAAAUCGUAAUCGAGUGCCUUACUCCGAUAAUGAUUGACAUAUCAGGUAUAACGAAAAUAAUGAAUUCCAUGUUAUGUGUGAAUGAGAUGAGAACAUUGCUUGAUCAGAUACAAGCUGAUUUUCGCUCGUUACGAAACUCCGGCGAUAUAGAAAUUCUUCAAAAGUACGCGGACAGCGGCAGAAAAUUCUCGAUUAUUUACAUUUACACGUUGUAUAUAGUAAUGGUGAUAUUUAUGUUGACGCCUUUGCCAGCGUUAAUUCUUCACGUUGCUAACGAAACUCGACCAAUGUUGCACAGAGUCGAAUAUUACGUUGACAUUGAUAAAUAUUACUUUCCGAUUUUAAUUCACGGGUAUCUCACCGUUUUAAUCUGCGUCACUUCCAUAGUCGCGACCGAUGCGAUGUUAGUGAUAUUUGUGCAACACGCUUGCGGAAUGUUUAUCAUAACCGGUUCGCGAAUAAAACGAGCGUUACAAGGGGAAUUGACAGAUGCCAAUCUUUCGGUUGUGGAGGAUAAGGCGUAUCGAAAUAUGAUACAAUGUGUUCAUGAUCAUAGAGCUGCUAUAAGGCUCGUCAAUCUCAUAGAAGCUGCGUAUUCCAAAUAUAUUUUGUUUCAUACUGGACUUAAUAUGAUAGCUAUAAGCAUCACAGGUGUUGGGGCUGUGACAAAAUUGAACGACCCGUCUGAACUUUUUAAAUUAAUAGCAGUGUCGUGGGCGUUAUUAUUCCAUCUAUGCUUGGAAUGUUUGAAUGCUCAGAAAUUAAUGGAUUAUAGCGGAUAUCUUCUUCAUACUAGUCUAGUAAAUUUAAACUGGUAUGAUGCAUCUCCUAGAACGAAAAAGCUCGUUCUUUUCAUGAUGAUGAAGACGCAUUCGCCUUGUGUAUUAACGGCCGGCGGUAUGUUUGUUUUAUGCAUGGAAACAUACGCUACGAUUGUGAAAACUGCUGUAUCAUAUUUCACCUUCCUACGCUCGGCGCAAUAAUGGAUUCUCCCUUUUGAAAGUUGACAAUGUUGAAAUAUCAAUGAUAUCAAGAAACAGUAAUUAACGACCAUGAGCUAAAAA